AUGGCAUCCGUGCUCGUGACGAGGCUGCUGGCGUCCGCCCUGAGCCCUCUGCUCCGGCGGGGGCCCCCCCCGGCGCUGCCCCGCGCGCUCUCCACUGCCCUGCCCGGACCCCUUCGCGCUGCAGGUGCCGCUGGCGCGAAGCCCGGGGCGUGGGGGCCCGCGGGGCUGCGCGGCCACCGGCUGCCCGGCCUGCCGCUGCCCGGCCUGCAGCUUGCCCUGGGGUUCAAGACCAAGGGCGUCAUCAAGGAGCGCUGCAGGGACUGCUACCGGGUGAAGAGGCGCGGGCGCUGGUUCGUCUACUGCAGAGCGAACCCAAAGCACAAGCAGAGACAGAUGUAG